CCGUCGUUGGCCGAUUCCUCCUCUCUUGUUCGUUGUGAUCGGACCGACGUACGAAUUAUUCCGAGCUCCGGUUCCAUUUCGUGCAUGUUGGAUCGAGAUAGUGGCCAGUAGGAGUACUUUGCGAGAUUUUCGCCCUUUUCUGCUGAAUACUCUUGUAUAGAUUAAGCGGCCACCAUGCUUUGUCAAGGAAUAAAAUUUUUAACUCUAACUGCUGCUCAGCAACAACAGACGCAGCAGCGGGGUAUGGCAACGUUAAAAUCAAUUUCCAUUCGUCUAAAGUCUGUUAAGAAUAUCCAGAAAAUUACACAAUCCAUGAAGAUGGUGUCCGCAGCCAAGUACAACAGAGCUGAAAGGGAUUUAAAGCAAGCUAAGCCUCUGGGACAGGGAUCUAAGAUUUUUUAUGAACAGGCUGAAGUAACGCCUGUCGAAGGAGAUACAAAUAAGCUGAUGGUAGCAGUAACGAGCGACCGAGGGCUGUGUGGUGCAGUACACACUGGUAUUUCGAGAAAUAUUCGUGAUACGCUCCUAGCUAAUGCUAGCGAACGCGAGAACACAAAAAUUGUAUGCAUAGGAGAGAAGUCUCGUGCUAUUCUUCAGCGUUUGUUUGCAAAAAAUAUUCUCUUUGUUGCUACGGAAGUGGGUCGUAAGCCUCCGACAUUUAAUGAUGCUGCCAAAAUUACCAUUGAGCUUAUGAAUAGUGGCUAUUCGUUUGGAUCUGGUAAAAUUAUCUUCAAUAGGUUUAGAUCGGUUGUAUCUUACGUUAUUGACGAGUUACCACUAUACAGUAAACAAUCUGUCACUAGCGCUUCUAAAAUCUCCCUUUACGAUUCACUGGAUAACGACGUCAUUCAAAGCUACCUCGAGUUCUCCUUGGCUUCUAUGCUGUUCUACUCGAUGAAAGAGGGAGCAUGCAGCGAACAAUCUAGCAGAAUGACAGCCAUGGAUAAUGCGAGCAAGAAUGCUGGAGAGAUGAUUGAUUCGCUCACAUUAACAUUUAACCGUACUCGACAAGCCGUCAUCACUAGAGAGCUUAUUGAAAUCAUUUCUGGAGCCGCUGCUUUGGAAUAAGAAAUUUAAAAGCAAUUUUUUCAUUAGAAGAUCAUCGUUAGAAUGUAAAGGCUGUUCAGAUUUUAUUGCACUCCAGGAAAUGUGAACUCCAAAAAUGAAACGUAAAAUUCAAUAUUUGUAAUUAUUUUGUCGUUUAUUUUCAUGAAAAAUAAAGGAUAAAAAUAACUCAUGUUAUGAUAAUAACAAUAUAAGACACAUUUAUUUAUCAGAUAUUUGCACAACUCUCAAAACGCCUAUUUUUUUCAUUCCCUCGAUAAAUCAUGUAUGUACACUCACAUUCAUUACAUUCUCUGCGAGAUAAAAAUUGAGAUUAAUAUAAUGUAUAUAUAAAGCUAAA